AUGCCCUCUUUGGCCGGGAGCGGCGCGCACUGCACUCACCGUCCGGAACAAACAAAUUGCAAGAAGUACUUUGAUUCGUGGCCACCGCGGGGAGGAGCCACGUGUGGCCCUGUGUACAACCGGGGGCGGGCGCUCUGCGCCGCCCCGCGAAUUCCAUUAUCGCUGCCAGAUGGUUUAUUGACGUUCGACCGAGAUAAGCAUGAUGUAGAGCAAAGCUUCGACCCGGACCCGUUCGCAUCAGACGAUUGUUUAGAUGACUUUUCACCCGAUCAUCCGUUCCUGCUGACUCCGAUCGAGGAACUGAACACGAUGAGUACGGGUGAAGAUGAACCAUCGUCUGGUUUAAAUGGAAGGUUGAGACCAAGAAAGUCAAAUAUCCCCAGCCCUCAAUCCGCUAAGAUUACUCGUAAACUGGACACCAAACCCAAUGAUAAACCCAAAAGAAUUACCCCGUCCAAAGUUACCCCAACUAAACCUGAUGAUCUCACUAACAAGUCUGAUUCCCCUUCCCCACAAAUCCUUUGCCCUUACUGCGAUAAGAUCUUUUAUGCUAAACAAGCUGUUUCUAAACAUAUUAGACGUACACAUCUUUCCUCAUCAAAACAAGACAACUCCAUUAACUGUUUGUUCUGCAACCAUAAUGAAGGAGAUGGUAACGACAUUAUCCGACACAUGGUCGAUAAUCACCCUAACCAAUACUUCGCAUGCUAUGACUGUCACACAAGGUUUCCAUCCACAACUGAACUAGCCGAACAUAAGCUAAAUGUUUGCGAAAAGCAAAAGUUACCAUAUCGUAAUAAGUUACGACAAAAGACCCCCAAAAAGGGCCAAAAGGCACAAAAUGCUAACGGGCGCAAUGAUUUUGGAAAUGACGAUAAAAACUUUACGGCAGAACAUGGCUUUAAUCGCAUCGUUAUUUCAUGUGAGUUAAAGCCAUCACAUCCAAAUGAUCCUGCCGACAUAGAGGACAAUAUUACUACGAAUUUGAUUUUACCACCAAGUAAGACUUCAGGUAAUGCAACUGUCAUCGAAAAGAACGCUGUUAUCCUUCUGGAUGAUUUACAAUGGAACAAAAGGGUACCGCCUAAUUUCUCUUUUCAUAAUACAGACGCUGAUCAAAUAUUAUCAAGACUCGGUGUAGUUCAUAGGUCACCAAGAGCUGGCGAGUCUAAUAGACGAGAAUGGUUUAAAAAUAUGGAUGAAUCAAAUCAAAAAUUUGAAAAAUGUUUUGACACAAGCUUUUACUCUAAAGUUGCAAGUAAUGUUCAAGAGAAUUUAACUAAGUUCCUUGAUGGUACGUUCAACUUUAAUCCCGAUCCGGAGAACACAAUAAAAACCAGAAAAGCUAAGAACAGCGUUCCAAUCAAUACUGUGGAAGGAUUUCCGAUUCUAUUAACAUGUGAGCAAUUUAACAGAAAUAUUUUUGAUGCAUACAUGCCAAGGGCUAUAGCACCAAAGCAUAAAUGGAAGUGGGAUAGUCUGGAAAAUGAUAAGAGCUUAAUGAGUCCUGAGCAACUAAAACGUGAUUCUCAUACUAAUAAUUGCAUAAUCACCCUUGUCUCCAGUCUGGACAUAUGGACACAACUUUGCAUGAGACGAAAAUUUGAAAAAAAAUUUAGCCUACCGUCUAUAGAAAAGAAGACUGAAAAACAGAACAUUAUUGGGAAAGAAUUAAAGGAAAUACUAGAAAGCAGAGAGCUACCAACAUCAUUUUCUCAAGUGGUAAAAUAUACAGAGCCACAAGUACCCGCUCGUGAAAGUCUAGACUUUCCUUCGUCUUUAGGUUUGGUGCCAAAUAAACCCAGUUAUGAUUUAAAGCCUGCAGUUCUCAGUGGCGAAUGGGUCCGCCCACGAUGUUAUGUAUGUUGUGCCUGUGGUGCUCAAACGCGUGAUUCGAAAGCGUUGUCAUCGCAUAUUUCGAACCAUCAUCCUAACGCUCAGAUUCAACAUUAUGAAAUAGUGGGUGAAGUGCUCCUUAACUCUGAUAUUCUGAAACAUUUAUAUGUACCACCCAGCCAAAUGAAUAAUAGAACACGACCUCUUCGGGGAUUCAGAGAAUGCACGAAAUGCAAGAAGUCAAUAACCUUGGAAGAUUUGCACCAACACAUGUUAGAUUGUGCAGGAGAUACUCCUACAGUGCGUAGAAAAUGUAGAUAUCGCCCGUUUGGAAUGCGGAAACGGCGCCCAAGAUUACCUGACAAUACUAUACGCAAGAAAAUACGCAAAGAUAUUCGAUCUCGUCAUACUAGAAAAAAUCAUAUGAGGCCAAGACAAAAGAUCAGAUCAGAAGUUGGCGAUGCCGAAACCAUACGAAAAAUGUUGGCAGACUUACCAGCUAAACGUCAUCGCGUCAUGGUGAAUCCACUCAACCCUAUCUUGCGCCCUAGAAGAAAACUUAACAAACAAAGAAACAAACUUGUAAUGAAAAAGAGAAUGAUAGAUGAAGUUAAAAAGAAAACGCAAAAUAAUGAUUCUUCGCUUGUUAGUAACAAUGUAAGUGACGACCCAAAAAGAGGAUUCUUAGAUCAAAGCGAUCAUAAAAUUAACAAAACUUCAGUAAAACGUGUGGCUUCCAAAAUCUUACGCCAUAAAGACUCCUUUAACAAAAAAACUAGUAUAAAUAGAUCCAGAAGAAAAGGUGUUCCCACUAAAGAACUUGGAACUGUUGCCGGUUCAAAUACACCUUCUGAUGGCGAAGGCAACAUGCAAAACCAACAAUCAUCUAUGGAAAAUAACUCUGAUCGAAUUAAUAUUAACGACGGUUCUUAUAAUAAAAGAGAACAAAGCAAUAAUAACAAUGGAUCAAAUAACAACGGCAAUCAGCAACCUGGUUCCAGCGGACAAAAUAACAGUUCUGAAAAUUCAUCUAACCCAUCACAAAAUGUACCCUUGAAACAUUCUAUUGAGAGAUUGACAGCUUGUCCUGAUACUCAGGAUAAGUCCGUUCAGUUUCAUUAUGCCUUUUUAGUUCAACAAGAAUGCAAUGGUACUGGUCAACACAUGACCCACAACACUUCAGAAGAGAGAAUGCUAUUUGAAAAUGAGGCAAUUGUUACCAAAUUAGAUAAACCGCCCUUACAUUUUGGGCACCAAGAGAUUAUGGACACUCAAAUGUUUAACAAGAGCAAACUUAACAAACGUAAAGGGCUGAAUGACUGCAUAGCCAUGUUGAAAAAUAAAUUAGUGGAGCCAAACAUAGGUACUCCACCAGGACGUGUCUCAGUUCAGUGUGGAACUGACGAGCCAUUAGAUCCGGAACCAGUGGUAAUUGAACGCAGACAUUCCACAACGGAUUCGAAAUUUGAUACAGCUCAGAGAUCACUACAAAUGCAUUAUCCAAAUAAGACUCUUCAGGAUACUUUACAAAAUUAUGAUAUGGGUAGCAGAGUUACUCGAAGAUCUUGCAACGUAAGACAAGAGCAAGCUUUAAAAGAUAUGCAAGCAAACAAUGACUACAUACAAGGGAAACUUUUGCAUGAUAAUCAAUUGUACGCUGUCCAGAAAAAUAAUGAGCAGUAUACUCGCAGAGAACCAAUUCGACGUCGAUCAGUUGUUUUGCCGGAAGAUCUCUUGUUACAACAUUCUAUGAAUGUUGAUAUAUUGACAGGCAAAAAUUUUAGAGGCUUUCCCGAAUAUAGCUACCCAAAUAAUAUCAAGUCAAUAACACCUCCAAGACCGCCAACAAGAAGAAGUCGAGACGCUAGAUCAAGAAGCAGAUCUAAGGUUACCAAAGAAAAACCGUCUCGUGAUGCUAGCUUAGUUAGCACACCUAGGACUCGACGUAAUAGUCGUCGCAAAAUAGAGUCAACUACUACUAGUGCAACACCAACUCCGACUAGAAGAUUAAGUGAAAAACAAAUUGAACAUACAAAUGUUGGCGGCAGUCUGAUUACAACUGAAAACGUAGCUCUUGGCUAUCCCCGAAUUACUAUGACUGACGACAGAAUAAGUGUUAUUGAAAAUCAAAUACUGCCAACACACAAUUUCCCAGAUGAGCAAGCCUAUCAUAACGCUCGUGUUUAUCAAAAUCCACCUACAAUACAGUACCCAAAUGAAGCCGAUAUUCGACCUUUGCAUUACAAUAUGCAUAUUGAACCAACAAUAACAGCACCAUUAGAUUUGUCAAGCAAACUUUCGCGCUCAGAAGGCCAAAAAGCAAUCGUGCAAUAUGUUACAGAACCACAAUAUUGCGCUGUACCUUACGAUAACUAUGAAACCUUGGAUUUGUCGAACCGACAUUCGGUUCAAUUGCAUGAAAAAGUACCUCAAAUUAAUACGGAUGAUGUUGUAGAUUUGCGUGUUAAAUAUACUUCUCAUCCAACUCAUUUACCUUGCUUCACCCCGGUACCUGCAGACAUCGUGAGUAACAGAGUAGAAGACAAUAUAGCUGAUUUAUCAAUAAGACAAUCAUGUAUAACUCAAGAUGACUAUUACCCAACUGAUCUGUCCGUUAAAAGGAGUUAUCCUACAGUACAUUUAUAUGAAAAACAUGGAAUACAAGACAACGGAUCAGAUAUCAAUAUGAUUCAAGAUUUAUCCCGCCCAAUGAUGCAAGUGCAGCACAUGUGUACAUCGAUAGUGGGGAGUCUUCAGCUCGUCAAUGAACAGCCUACUGAUUUAUCAAGUCGAAGAAAUGAAAAUAGCUCAAAUCCUUUAACCAUUUGUAUGACAGAAAGGCAACCGAUAAAUUUAAACAUUUGUACAAAUACUACAGACCUCAGAAACGAAGAUAUUCCGGCCGAUUUAUCAGCACGAAAUAAGGAAAGAAGACAUAGAAUAUAUGUAGACUCUCAAGGAACUGAAUUUUAUGAAGAAAUAGUUGUUAAUAACGAAACAGGUUCAAUUCACAACGCCAAUGAUGCUCAUUUAUCCAUAAAUUGCAUGGAUGCUGAACAAACGAUUCACUACAACUCAUCACCUAGAAUUAAUUGCUCAAGAUCAACUAUUAUGACUUAUUCAGAGCAUAGUAAUACUAUAGAUGAUACACAAAAUAUUUCUACAUCAAAUCUAAUAUCACCAACGGCAGCCACGUGUAAUGUGGCUACAUGUAAUGAAAUAGUUUAUCGACAUUCUGAAGUGCCCUUAAGUCUAACAAUAAAUAAAAUACCUGAGCCUCGUGCUGGUCAACGUGAUACAGUCACAAAUCCGAUUGUAUAUGAACCUAGUCAAGCAAAUUAUAUAAUGACGAACAGCGCACAAUAUAAUACGGGUGGGAAUCUGAACACGAACAGUGCGCAAAAUACAUCCACGGCUCUUACGAUAACUGUAGAAAACCGCGAAUCAGUUAAUACUAUUCAAUCUAGUACAUCACCAAUAUCACAAAAAACAUGCAACGAUGAUGUUAUAAUACAAAAUGAGGAAGUAAUUACCGAUUCAAAGAAAUAUGUACCUAUUAGAAAGAGUCCAGUUCCUUCUACUAUACAUAAAUUAGAGAGUGAUAAGAAAAGUACAGAAUCUGUUCAAGCUGAGGUUAAUAAGACUACUUUAGAUCAAGAUCCAGAAACUGCAAGAAAAAUUGCGAUGUUACCUAAAGAACUGGUAGAGAUAUUAGGUACUAUGCCGAUAGACCAUCGUAAUCAGCUUCUAAAUGUUCUACCGCAGUAUGUAUCGACAUCAACGUCAUCUGUUUUACCUAAUAAUAAAGCUAAUAGUAAAUCCAGUUCAUGCAAUUCUCCAAAUGUUAAAUCAUCUAUACAAAUUAAUGACGACUUAGAAAAAGACCAUAAAACAGAUAUAACAUCUGAUGACGGGCGGCCUUUAAUUACUAAUACAAUGGCAAUGUCUCCCACCACUGUAUCAAGUUCAAUACUUCUUACUCCACCUACUCCUCAACUGCCGGAACGUCAUAUGAUUCAAUCUCAAGAAAAUGCUGAUUUAAUAUCUUCGAAAUAUCGAACUAACUCUAGACGUUCAGCUGAUGGCCAAAUACCUGUAAGAAAUAUUGACACAGACAAAUCUAAAGCAGUAUCGAAUUUGUCAUUAUCAAUUAAAAACAUAGUCAAAAUGGACGAAAUUGAUACAAAGGAUCGUAUAAUUGAUUUAACUGUUGAUGAAUUUUCACCUGAAGAUUCAGAGGUCUAUUAUAAUCCAGAUCCUUCAAACCAUACAAUUCCUAUCCCUAAUAGUAUGAAACCAAAUGCACAAAAAUCUAACAAUGAUAAAACUGCUAGCUUAAGAGCAGUACGAAUCAAAGCACCUUCUGAAAGACAACGUUCGAUUCUCUCUGAAAAUACAUCGUUUAAAAAGCACACUGAUAACGUGCCAAAUAUUAGUGAAGAGAAACAAAAACCCAGAACUUCCGAAACGUCUAAUCCUAUGGCUAUUCAACAAGCUGAAAUAAGUAGCACUCAACAUCGAACAGUUGCUGGAUUAUCUCCAAUUUCUCCUACGCUCGAUCCAUCCCCUAAAGAAAAUAACUCUACAAGAAAUGUACAAGAGAAUAUCGAAAAAGAUACACUUGCAAAAUCUGAUAAUGACAUAAGAUACAGUAUGACGGAGAAACAAAAUAUUGUCACUUCAUCCCUUACAAAAGACGUUGAUAAUAAUUUAAAAAAUAGUAAAGUCCUCGCCAAAGUAAACACACCGAAAGUUUCUACUGAAAUAGUCAAUGUAUCUUCUUCAAAGAAAAACGAUACUGAGACAGAGUUUUGUACAGAAAGUUCUAGCAUAUCCACACAGAGUGCAAUAGAUGCAAGCCAAAGUAAGACUAAGGCUAUAUUAGAAACCUCAAACGAUAAAUCUACAAUUGAAGAUGAAGAUUCUGAGGAUGAUGUUACUUUAGCAACAAUCGUAAAGAAGAAAAAUCGAGAGUGUAAUGUUACUGUUGAAAUUAACAAUAUUCAACUUGAAAGAAAAAAGAAGAAAACUAAGAAAACUAAGAAAGCAGAACAAAUAAAUGAUGCUCAUGUUUUACAACAAAAUCAGAAUGACAUUGUGACUGAGGAUGAUAAGCCUUCAGUAGCUGAAACGGAUUUGUCUAUUGAUUCGUCUGAGGGCUCCACAAAAAAUAAAGAUUUCGAAGUAACUGAUGAUACAAAUGAAAAAAUAACAAUACUAAAAAAGAAAAGCAAGAAAGGACGUCGAACGAAUAACUUUGGUGCAACAAAAUACAUAGAAAGACAAGAUCAAAUAUACCAAACUAUCGCCGAAAAAGAAGUUGAUAAAGAAAACACAGUAUCAUCUGAUAUUGUAAAUAGCAAAGAAACUAUUGAAGAACCUGUAAAAGAAAAAUGCACCAGUGAUUCAGAUUCAAAUCGAAGCAUUGUGACAAAUAAAAACUUAAUACGUGAUAAAGAGAUGUCUGCAAAAAAAGAAAAAGUUAAGAAGAGUAUAGAAUUUUCCAGUGACUGUAAUUCUACAAAAAAUCUAGUAAUAGAUAAAAAAUCGGAAAAAUCCACAGUCCCUGAUAAAAAUGAACACGAAACUUCUUUAUCUCUAGCCAGUAACAUUUCCUGUAACGCUUCCAAUACACCAUGUAACUCGGAUGCUGUCACUAAUGAAGCUAUCGCAGAUAAGGAAUUGAAAAUAAGAAAUAAUGUAGAAAAACUCGAACUUAAUGAAGACUCGAAUAUGACUAAAAAUCUCAAAGUAAAUCUUCCUAAAAUUCAAGAUGAUCUAAAUAAGUCAGAAGAUCCUUUGCCUUCACAAAAAAAUAUAAUGAAAGAUAAAAAUGAUGAAGAACUUACGGAAAAUCCCUUAGAAAAGCCUAAAAUCAAUGAUAGAGAAGACUCUAAUACGACACCUUUGAGACGCAGUCGUCGAGGUAAGUCAUUGUUUAUUGAUAGCACUUCUAUUAUGAAUGAAAAUGUCGUCAAUUCUGAAAAUACUACAGAACAUAAGGCUCCGCUAACAAAAAAACAAUUAAUCUUCUCUAAGCUUCUCCUAGAUGAAGAGAACCAUAAUAAAAAUUCUAAAACUAGUAGUCAAGAUAAACAAUUGAAAAAUACUCUACCCGACACCUACAACAAAGCUCUAACAAGUGACAGUGAAGUUGAAAGAGAAACCUUUCACGAAGAUAAAAAAGGAAAUAAACGCAAAAAGUCACCUCAACUAAAGAGGAAAUGUAAAAGGAAAAAGUCACUAAUUAUUUUGCAAGCACCUGAAGAUACUGAUGUAGAAUCUGUGAAUGUCCCUACUUCCGAAAAGUCACCUAAUUUGGCUACUGAGAAUAUAGUAUCAACAUCUCACACUACGUCUUAUCAAAAACAUGAUUUCUUGGAUAAAAAAAGUGUUGAAAUUGACAAGACGUUUGUGAACCGCGAUCCCCGUCUUGAAGCUUCCCUUUUAAUUCAGAAAGCAAGUUCUACUGAAAAACGCAAGUCCAGUUCUCCAGUUACAUUUGACUUAGUACCGAGUUUCAAACCAAAGAAAUCUAAGCCAAACGAUGAAGUAAGCAGCACACAAUCUACCACGCUAGAAAAAGCUGCUGAGAGCGAAAUGAAAUCUGUGAACAUAAAACAAGGUGCAACUGCAAUUGUAGUCUCACGAAGUACACCUUGCUAUAACAAACCCGCAGCAAGACGCGCACGUUCAAAAUCUGUCGUCGUCAAAUCUUCUGGGGCAGACUUAUACGAUCCUUACGAUAUAGAUUUGGAAGAUAUGGUUGAAAAAACGGAACCGUUCGUUAGGAAAGAAACAUCAAAAAUAGAAUUCAAAUCUUUUAAAUCUUCCUUUGUUUCUAAAGCAAAGAAAUUAACUAAAACUGCACCUUCCGCUAUCAUCGACAUUUUACCAUCUAAUCUGGCUGAUAUUGCACUGUCUACUGUUGACGCGUCUAUUGAAAAAGACAAUAGUAUAACGGAGACGGGACAGCCUACUUCUGGUUUUGUAAAUACGUCUGUCGGUAGUACAAAGGAUAGCAGUAGUGAUUCUGAUGAAUCUUCAAAGAGCGAUGUACCAUUAAAGAAGUAUGUGGAAGAAAAGGAGAGAAAACUCUUAGAAGAAGUAAAUAAAACAAAACGUCAACAAGAGUCUAAAGAUUCCACAGUGGAAAAUGAGAAAAGCGAUAAAUUAUGUGAUAAAUCGAAGUCCCGUAAAAAGAUUACACGAGCUCAAUCUAUAAACAAUAAAGAAGAAACGGCUUCAUUAAAACAAGACACUGAAGAAGAGCUGCGUUCUGAACAGUUUAUGGAAAGUUUUGGUUUCUUUUCUGAAAGAAAACCCAGAAAGUCUAAUUUAUUGGCCACUAAGAAAAUUUCUGAAACUUUUCACAUAAUAGCAAAUGAAAGUGACGAUGUUUACUUUUCAUCUAAAGACAAGGUAUGUAAAAAAACUAAUGACAGUAAGAAGGAAGAAGAUACUAAAGGUCCAAUUUCUCCCAUCAAGAAAGCUGCUAAACGUGGUAGGAAGAAGAAGAGUCUUCCACCAGAACCAUCAUUUUGUCAUAUUUGUAAAAAGGCUUUUCGAAGAUCUGAUAAUUACUUACGUCAUCAAAUGACGCUUAUUCAUAUAUCAAGGUUGUCAGAGGUGGAACUAAAAUUUAAAACUGUAAAAAUUGAAGAAGAACCAAAUUAUUUAAUCGCUUAUAAGCAACAAUUGGAUCGAUUAAAGGUGCUUCAAAAUAAAAUAGCCAAGAGAAAGAAAAAUUGUUUAUCUACGGCGGACAUUAUUUUACCUACGUUAGAAGAAAUUUUAGCUGAUGUUAAGAGAACAAUAAGAGAGCAGCAGCUUUCCCGCAGAGGGCUAAGUCGAGAUCAAGCAUUAUUUAUUGAUUGCUGUACGAUGUUAAAGGAAUCACAUACAAAUGAUCAAGCACCUGUCAAUAAGCGGAUUCGUAAUUGCAAUAGUUUUAAUUGUGCACAAACCUGUCAAGAAGAGUUGGCUUUAUUAGAAAGAAGUAUUAGUGAUGAUAGAUGUGACAUUAAAUGCGAUGACGUUGAUUCAAUUACAGCAAAAAAUAUUUUAGAAAGUGAAGAAGUACGCAAUUUAGAGAAAGAUUUGAUAUCUAACCUUAAAGAAGCUAAUGGGCUGAAGGGGCCUUUAAGUAAUGUUCACUUUAAAUCUUCUGAAGAGUACACUUCUGUUGAUGAAGAAGCGGUGAAUUAUAAUGAUGAAUCGCAAAAAACUAAAUCCAAACGCCAAAUAGAAGUUAAAGACAAAAUGUAUCCAGAUGUUGUUGAAAACAUAGAUAUGUUUGAAGAUAAAUUUGACAAAAUUAAAAGGAAAUGUCGAUCUCAAGCAGCAGCUGCUAAACAAAUCCAAUCUCGGGUGGAAAGUAACAUCAGUCAUAAAAAUCUCAAAAAAAUUGAAAAGAAAAAAGGGAAAAGAAGAUCUAAGAAAUGUCAUAGUACUGUACCUACUAAGGGUGCUCUAAAAGGUUUUGAUGGAUUUAAGGUUUCGAUUUUAACGUCAGACAUAAAUAUGUCAGCAAUCGUAUCUUCCGUGGGAAAUUCAUUCAAAAAGAAGAAGAAAACUAGUUCAAAAAGAAAGAGAGAAAGAAAGAGUUCCGAUGUAAGCAGCAAAUGCGACAGUGAUCACCGUUCUAAAGAUACACCUCAAAAAAAAGUCGACGUUUAUGAGUUCAUGGACACUGAAGAUACUGAGUUAUUUGAAUUUAGACCUUCAACCCUUAUGGAGAGGUUCAAGAGUAUAAGCAAUAAGGAAAUACCAAGCACGUCAAAAGCUGUAGUAAAUCAAGAUGACUUAGCUGAAGCAUCAAGUGAGAGUGGAUCGGAUGGUGACGAUUUUGUUUAUAUGUCGGAUGAUUACGUAUGUAGUGACGAUGAAACUGAAAAUAGUAUGCUUUCUUGUGAACUAGGUCACAAGAAAACUGUAUCUCCACUUAAAAGAAAGGAUGCCAUAGAGAAAAACGCUGUUAUGGGCAAAAUAUUUAAACACAAUGCUGUUCGUAGUGAAAGAAGGAGUCCGAAAAGAAGAGAAACUCCUAAACCAAAAGCAAAUCUGGAUCAGCUAUUCGAUAGUUUACUUCAAGAAGAACCCAAAACUUCUUUACCAGCCAAAAAUAAUGAUGCUUUACCCAAAAAUAAAGACGCUGUACCAUUACAGACUUACAAUACUCCGGCAUCACCAAAACCUGAUACAAUAAAAUCCAAAUAUGAUAGUCCGUCAUCUGCCAGCCAUAAUUCAAAACAGGAAACCAAAAAUAUUCUUGAAAAGAGUGCUCUACCUGACUCAUCAAACUAUCCAAGUACAUCUUCAUCGUCUAAAAAGCGAAAAUCAAUUACACCACCUCGAAAACUUGACUUGAAUUUGAUUUCAACUACUAUUGAAUAUGCAGUUCUAGAUUCAAAUCGAAAAGAUGUUAAGAAAAGUGAAACCGGUAAUGAACGCAGGCAUUCUUCACUACAUUCAGAUAUGGCCACGAAAUAUGACAUUGAUCUAUCAGAUGAUGAAGAUGAUUAUUUCUCUGCCGACGAAGAUGUUAAUGCGUCACCACAAAGUGAUCAUUAUCAAAAACAUAAAAGUAGAGAAAAAACGCACAAGGAAAAGGAGAAACCCUACGCAAAUAAGAAAGAAAUUGAAAAGCCUGAGGUUGCGGAACGUAGCGAGCCUACAGAUCAGACAUCUGAUGAUGCGGGUGUCGCGAGACAAAGGGCGCGUCGGAAAUGUACUGUUGGCAAACAGAACGUGCUCGCCGAGACUUGGAGUUCUGAGUCUGAGCCCGAUGGCGCUCCGCAGAGAGCGAACAGCGCCGAGUCAGUGAUCGGCGGCGGUAGAAAGAAGAGAAGUAGGAAGAAGGAUAUGUCGUGCAGUAGAAAGGCUAGCAGGCAGCCAAAGCGACCGGAGACAGAGCGAGUGGCGCGCCCGCGAGCCGCCUACUACUGGUCGGAGGGCGAGGACGAGCAAGAGCACCCGCAGCAGCACGGCUGGAUCGUGGGAGACAGCCACAAGAAGCUAGUGACCAUGCUCGCGCACGCCAAGGGCCGCAAGCGACAUGACGACAAGCGCCAAGUCCUCGAG